CUACGCAACCCCCACGAUGGACAGGAACUACGCGACCUCCGGCUUCGCCGACCCGCCGCCACCGCCGCCCGCGCCCCCCGCCGCCCCGGCCAGCGCCGCGGCACCACCCCCCGCUCCCGCCUGGGCCUACGAACCCCGAGCCGCGGUCGCCGCCGCCACCAGCAGCGGCAACAGCGGCAGCAGCCCCAGCCUCAAGGCCAGUUUAAGCUAUGAAGAAGGACAUCCCUCACACUCGGAAACAGAUCUCCUUCAGAGACAGAAUUUUGCUGCCUCUCAUCAGCUUCCUGGAUAUCCUACCACACCUCAGCCAACCGGUCUUUCUGGAAUAUUUGAUACUAGUGUGAACAGUACCAGCACAAACACUAAAGAAUCUUCAGUGAUGAAUUUUCUCUCUACUGUUGAAUCUCGAACUGCUCAGACUGCUUCUUCAGGAACUACUCUCUUACCACAAUUCAGGGCUCCAUCCUGGCAGACAGGUAUGCAUUCCUCGGCAGCAACUGAGCUGUUUGUUACUGGAUCUUUGCCAACCACUGGAACACUUCCACCCUCUGCCCUCUCUGCUUAUCAGCAUCCCACCACCUUCAGCAAUAGAAACUUUGCUACCACCUCACCUUUGGUGCUACAGGAUUCAACUUUUAACACUACAUCAAAUGGAAUUUUAAAUCCUCACGACCCUUUGCUCCAAAUCAAGACUUCCCAGGGAACUGUUCCAACUGCUUUGGCUUUUGAGCGCCUGGGCAGUUGUGCGUUAAGUAAUAGCAUACCACCUCAGUCUUCAACAUAUCGCUCAGCGCAAGAGUCUGCACCCCAUCUUUUACAACCUCAGUUUAGUGUGUUGCCUUCAGCACUUGGGGGAGCCCAGCAAACUCCUCAAGCCUACAGUUCAACUCUCUUUACUAGUUCUACUGCUUCCAUUGAAAGAGCUCUUCUUCGAGAAUGUAGUGUUAUUAAACACCAUCAGCGGCCUUCAGGUACCCAGUCUAUUCAGGCACAACUGACUGGUUCACAGCAUUCCUUACAUAGUUAUCUGUCAAAUGCAAGUGUAGUUAAUUUUCAGGAAACAAGCAGGCAGUCAUCUUUAUCCUGUAGCCCAGUUGGAGAGUCCACUCAGGUGAGCAAUGGAGAAUUGCAGCAGAAGACCGGCCAGGUCUCAGUGGAACUUGCUCAGUCUUACUCAUCUGCGAUCCCAUCAUCAGGAUAUCCUCCUUCCACUACAAAAGUAAAAAGCUGUUCUACGAAACAACCACUAACAUCAACUAAGACCCCCAAACCUCAAAGCAUAAUUCCUCCUGUGCAAACACUAAGCUAUUCCAAACCUUUACAUAACCAGAGUUCUGUAAUAUCGGGCCAAGCACAAAUUUAUUCUACAGCGCAGCUACCAAGCCUUUUAUCAGUUAGUCAGUCACAAAAUUAUGGUUUAGUACAGCCACAUAAUGUGCCAUCUAUUGUUCAUUCACAGGUUUAUAGGUCCAGCAAAGUUGAGAAGUUGCCAUCCUUAUAUAAAACAUUGACUUUUUCUGGGUCGUCUCAGACUAUAACUUCUGAAAAUGAGACACUUAAUUAUUCUUCUAAUCAGCAAGAGGUAUUAUCUUCAGUUACAAACGAGAAUUACCCUGCUCAAACAAGAGAUCUAGCUUCAGUUAGCCAGUCUCAGAGUUAUUCAUCUGGUCAUUCUCAGGGUUUAUCACCAGUUAGCCAGACACAGGUUAGUUAUUCAUCUCAAUCACAAGAUUUGUCAGUUGUUAGCCCUUCAGAAAGCUAUGCUUCAGGGCAGUCCCUAACAUUAACCGCCCCUUCUCUUUCUUACUCUCCCGCCUCUCAGGCUCAGAAUUUGCCAGAUUCUAGCCCAAACCAGAAUUAUAUUUCUAUGCAUUCUUCCCAAAAUGCUCAGGCUCAAGGGUCGUCAUCUCCCCAAUCCCAAAAGUUUUUGCCUGCCGUCCAAUCAUCAUCUUUUACAUCCUCUACUCAUUGUCAGACAUUACAGAAUAACAUGCCUUCCCCUGAUCCAAAGUCUUAUGCUGAAAGAAAACUUGACUCAAAUGUGUAUACGUCUUCAAAGCAAGAAGAUGGUUUUCCAAUGGAAGAGUUACAGGUGUUACAGCCACAAGUAUCUCUUGAGUCAUCAACCCAAAGGCUAUCUGAUGGGGAAAUGAAUGUUCAAGAAUCAGCUUAUAAGGUGUCAAAGGCAGAUGACAGAUAUUCUCAGAGUGUAAUCAGAAGCAAUUCCCGUCUUGAAGAUCAAGUUGUUGGGAUUGCUCUACAAGGGUCAAAAAAAGAAGAAAGUAUGGUUGGUUCAGUGACACAACUUAACCAACAAAUUGGCCAAGUCAGUAAUGCAGCAACCCUUGAGAUGAAGAAGGCAACUAAUUUAAUGCAGACUCCACAAAUAAGGUUGAAUACUAAAGACUUAAGCCAGCAGCAUUCUCUUAUACAUAAGGCACAUGAAGCCAAGGUCCAAGAGCAGCACGAUCAAAUAAUUAAUGCCUCAUCUCAGAUUCAAAUUCCAAAUCAUGCUUUAGGGCAUGGCCAUCAGGCAUCCCUUCCUAAUACACAGAUCCUUUUAGAUUCUGCCUGUGACUUACAAAUUCUUCAGCAGUCAAUACUGCAGGCAGGUAUAGGACAAGUAAAGACAUCUUUACAAGUACAGCGUGUUCCAAGUCCUCAACAAAUAGUACAUCCUUUUCUUCAAAUGGAUGGCCAUAUUAUUCAGAGCAAUGGCGAUCAUUCUCAGCAGCAACUCCAUACUCAGAAUUCUGAAAUUUUGAAAAUGGACCUCUCUGAGUCUUCAAAGCCUUUACAACAUCUAACAACAAAGGGCCACUUCAGUGAAACAAAUCAGCAUGACUCAAAGAAUCAUUUUGUUUCACUUGGGUCAAUAUGUUUCCCUGAGGCCAUGCUUCUCAGUGAUGAAAGGAAUAUUUUAUCAAAUGUAGAUGAUAUCUUAGCAGCUACAGCAGCAGCUUGUGGGGUUACACCUUCUGAUUUUUCCAAGUCAACUUCAAAUGAAAUCAUUCCAGCUGUUGAAGAUGGUGAUUCUAAAUCUCAUUUUCAGCAGUCAUUAGAUGUCGGGCAUGGGACUUCAGAUUUUAACUCCAUAACAGCAACAGUAGGAAAGCCACAGAAUAUAAAUGAUAUUUCCUUAAAUGGAAGUCAAGUUACUGUGAACCUUUCACCAGUACCGACCCUUCAGUCAAAAAUUACUCUUGAUCAACAGCACAUUGAAACACCUGGUCAAAAUAAAGCAUCUAAACUAACUUCACCAGUGGUUGGACCAAGUCAUGAAGCCCAUGAGCAAAGUUCUGGCCCAUUCCAGAAACAGUCUGCUACCAGUCAUGAAUCUGAAGAUGACAGUGAAGUUCCUGUUGAUAGUACAUUAAAUAAUAACAGAAACCAAGAGUUUGUUUCUAGUAGUAGAAGUAUAAGUGGAGAGAGUGCUACAUCGGAGAGUGAGUUCACCUUAGGGGGUGAUGACAGUGCUGCCUCCAUGAAUCCAACUAGGAGUGCACUUGCAUUGUUGGCCAUGGCCCAACCUGGGGAGGCGAUCGGUGUCAAGACUGAAGAAGAAAACCAAGAUUUAAUGCAUUUUAACCUUCAGAAGAAAAAAACUAAAGGGAAAGGGCAAACUAAAGAGGAAGACAACAGUAAUCAGAAACAGCUGAAAAGACCUGCCCAAGGUAAACGCCAGAACCCAAGGGGAACAGAUAUGUAUUUGCCAUAUACUCCUCCCUUAGAUGGCUGCCAUGAUGGUUAUCAGCAUCAAGAAAAAAUGAGACAGAAGAUCAAAGAAGUAGAGGAAAAACAGCCAGAAGUCAAAACAGGAUUUAUUGCCUCUUUCUUAGAUUUUCUGAAAUCAGGGCCCAAGCAGCAGUUUUCCACUCUUGCUGUACGAAUGCCUAACAGGACUAGACGACCGGGGACACAGAUUGUUCGUACAUUUUGUCCCCCACCACUUCCAAAGACUUUAUCUACAACACCCACACCUUUAGUUUCUGAAACGGGGGGUAACAGUCCAUCAGAAAAACUUGAUAAUGAACUUAAAAACUUAGAACAUUUAUCUUCAUUUUCUUCUGAUGAAGAAGAUCCUGGAAUAUGCAGUCAUGAUAUUUAUAAAAGCUCCUCUACUACCUUACCUACUCUGGAUGCUACUUCUGAUAAAAAAAAGAAAACAGUAAAUAUCCUGGAAAACCUAAGUUCUACAGAACCCCCAAAGCCCAUUGAACUUGAUGGCUUUCCUUCAGACCAAUCUGCAAAAGGACAGGACACUAUUGCCAUAGAAGGUUUUACAGAUGAGGAGAACAUAGAAAGCGGAGGAGAAGGCCAAUACAGAGAGCGUGAUGAAUUUGUGGUGAAGAUGGAAGACAUAGAGACUUUUAAGGAGGCUUUAAAAACAGGAAAAGAACCCCCAGCUAUUUGGAAAGUACAAAAAGCUUUAUUACAGAAGUUUGUUCCUGAAAUUCGAGAUGGGCAAAGAGAAUUUGCUGCUACAAAUAGUUACCUUGGAUAUUUUGGAGAUGCAAAGAGUAAAUACAAAAGGAUAUAUGUGAAGUUUAUCGAAAACACAAACAAAAAGGAGUAUGUCAGAGUGUGUUCCAAAAAGCCAAGAAAUAAGCCUUCACAAACUAUCAGAACUGUUCAGGCUAAGCCAAGUAGUAGCAGUAAAACUUCUGAUCCCCCAACACCAAAAAUUACAACUGCGAAAGCCCCUUCCAUGAAACCCAAAGGUAAACAGCUAAAAAUAAAGGCUGAGCCACCACCAAAGAAACGGAAGAAAUGGAAAGAAGAAUUUUCAUCAUCCCAAUCUGACUCAUCUCCUGAGAUCCAUUCUAGUAGUAGUGACGAUGAGGAAUUUGAUCCUCCAGCUCCCUUUGUCACUCGUUUUUUGAACACAAGAGCAAUGAAGGAAACCUUUAAGAGUUACAUGGAAUUGCUUGUUAGCAUUGCUUUGGACCCUGACACAAUGCAAGCCUUAGAGAAGAGCAAUGAUGAGCUGCUUUUGCCUCAUAUGAAAAAAAUAGAUAGCAUGCUGAAUGAUAACCGAAAGAGACUUCUUUUGAAUCUUCAUUUGGAUCAGUCAUUCAAGAAUGCUUUGGAAAGUUUUCCUGAACUAACAAUAAUUACUCGAGACUCUAAAGCAAAAAGUGGGGGAUCUAUUUCUAAAAUCAAAAUGAAUGGCAAAGCUUAUAAUAAGAAAACUCUAAGGACUUCCAAAACAACCACUAAAUCUGCACAAGAGUUUGCUGUUGAUCCAGAGAAAAUACAAUUAUAUUCUUUGUAUCAUUCACUCCAUCAUUAUAAAUAUCAUGUUUAUCUGAUAUGUAAAGAUGAGAUUUCUUCUGUGCAGAAAAAAAAUGAAGAUUUAGGACAGGAAGAAAUUGUUCAACUUUGUAUGAAAAAUGUGAAAUGGGUGGAAGACCUAUUUGAAAAAUUUGGAGAACUUCUAAAUCAUGUACAGCAGAAAUGUUCCUAACAUUUCCACAAAAAUGCCAUCUGUUUUAUAGCACUAAUGAAAUGGUGGAGGGAGGGUGAUCAAAGAGGGUUGAGGGCCUCAGAUAAUCAUAAUCAAAUGUCCAGCAGUGGUCUCCGCAGGCACACCUGCCUUGACCAUGGAAUUUGCAUCCUGACCUCUGCUAAAGGACAGUGGUGCUGCCAAGGAAGUCAGUCCGGAAAUGGACCUAAAUCCCACCACAUUUUUAUCCUAAUGAGUGAUUUUUCUAUUUUGUAAACCAUUGGGUAACUGAGUUUUAUUUUCAGAAAUGUUUUUUGACAAAUGAUGAAGCAUGCACUAAAUAUAAUUUUUUUUUAUUGCUAGAGAGAGAACACUUAAGUAGCUUGAUUAUUUUUUCCUUUGACUAAACACCAGAAUGAAAGAAAGGUGGCAGAAAUCAUGCUUGUUUUCAUGUCUGGCCACAAAACGGAAAGUACUGUACAUUAUGUAAACAGAUCUGGUGUGCUGUAACAUUCUGUAUAAGAAUAUCAUCAAUUUAAAAUAUAAAAUUCUGAAACUGCAUUCUGCUUUAUGAAUUUCUUUUACUCUUAACAUGUUCAGGAAACUGGAUGUGGAAUUGGUGCAAUUCUAUGACUGCUUUUUGUGUCAAAUUAUAUUGUGAUGAAAAAAACAAUGACAUACUAUUUUCCCUAUCUCAAAGAAAAGUAUUUUCCUUUAUACUGUUUUUCCUUUGGAAAAAUUUUCAAUUGUACAUUUUCACUAAUAGUUGUAUUUUUCACAAGGAAAAUUUUGUGGUUAUAAUUAUGUUUGAUGUAUCUGUACUACACUUUUCAUUAUUUUCAGUAAAUCUUAUUUAGUUAUAUAUUGAAUUUCUAUUGUGAAUUCUAUCUUGAGGUAACCAUUUUUGUUUAUACAGAUUUGUUUCAGUGUUAUCCAGAAUAUACAUUCAGUACUAGACUUAGUUUAGCUUUAUAAAUGGGGUUGUGUUAGACACUGCAGUAAUUUCCUGAUUCAUGAAAAUAAAUUUCUUACUAAACUAGCACUUGAUUAACUGAUUUGUUGAAACAAAAAUCUAGCCACAUUAUACAAUUUUAAAGGAUAAAAUUUAUAAUUAGACUGCAUGCAGUGCUAAACACAGCUUACCUGAUGCUCAGAACUGGAAGUGGUCGAGCUCUCCUUUUGGUGCCUUUCCUACCUGUGUACAUGCUAUUGUAGCUUGCUUUAGUUUGCCAGCUAGUGUGUCGAGUAGUGUAGUGGAGACAGUGAAUGUAUUAGGUUCCACAUGACCUUGUGUUUUAUUUGUGUUUGCCAACAGGAUGCCUUAUUUGUUUGAGAAAAAGAUUUACCUAAUGUCCUUCUAAAUGAUCUCCUUUUUUAGGAUUCUAAAGAAGUUGUUAAUCAUCUUACUUUUGUUUAUUUUACCACCAUUUAGUGCCUUAAGUCCUAUAAGAAAGCAGCAGUGUUACUGCUCAAUGCCCAAAUAAGACAUGCUUGUGUGGCUAUUGCUAUUGUUUCGAUUUUGAGUUAACAGGCCAACUUCUUAUAAUUAAAAACUUCAAUAAACUGGCAAAUAAUUGACGGUAAUGUGACUUGAUUUGAAAAUAAGACAUUGUAGCAUUGAGUGAAAAAUGAGUAUUUGAGUUAAGCUUACAUAUUUAUUUCUGAUGGUUAUCUUUUUAAAAGCAAUAAUUCUUAAUUCAACAAUCUUUGUACCUGCUAUUAGACCAGAUAGUCAAUAAUCGAAAUUUCUCUCAAGUGUUAAAUGCCCCAUUUAUGAAAGUUUUUUUAAAAAACUGUUUAGGCAGCUUACUUUGAACACAAAAGUAACCUAUUAGAUUUAUUUUGCCUAACUCAAAUAAGAGAAUAUCAGCAGUGAGAGCAUCAUAAAAUUAAUUUUGCUAAGUAUAGAAGAGUAGGAAGCAGCCAUAUGUCUUUCUGAUAUUCACUCUGGACAGAAUUGUUUUUUUGGUGUGUUUUUUUUUCAUUUCCAAAGUACAGAGUAGAUAACUACAUCUCCUAAUGUAUUAUAAGUAUAUGUCUUUACAUUACUCCCCCAGCUUACUUGCCUGAAUCAUUGAUGGUUUAAAUAUUUUAAAAAGCCGACUUGCAUUUAGGUAUCUCUUGAAGUAUGUGUUUGAAAUCACAAGCCACAUUUUCUUCAUGACAAGGCCUGUGGAAAACAGGGAUGUUUCCUGCAGAAAACCACCCAUUUCCUUUUCAACUGCAGCUGUCCUCAAACUAUUUGCAAUUGUAUUCAUUUUAAUAAAGCAAGUGUUUUUAUAAUACCAGAGGCCAAGCCUAUAAUACUGCCUGGAGGAGACCCAAUUGUUUUGCGCCAUCUUCUCUCAUUUGAUCCAUAUAGCAUAGGCAAGGACAUCAAACUUGGGCCUCAGAGGAAAGUGGGACAAAUAUUAUGACAACCAUACCUAAGUCCAUUCUUUAUGAAUACGAAGUUGAAUAAAUACCUAGCUGGUUAGCAUUCACAUUCCUUGCCAGGGAGUCUGAAAUGUAGAAUAUAAAAAUAACUUUAGGUUGUAGAUUGAGUUAAGGAGGUAAAGCACAUGUUGCCACAACCCAGGAAAAUGUUUUUAAGAAAAAUUAGAUUUUUCUACCUAUAAAUAUCUGGAAACAAUUUAAUAUACAAAAUCAUUGUGUUGGUGUUUAUUUCUAGUUCAGAUUAAUGGCUGUAGAAAUGCCUCUUUGUUUUCCUUUACAUGAGAAUCCAGUGAUCCUCUAAAGUCAUAAAUUUAUAAUUUAUAAAUUGUAGUAAGUCAACAAUAGAAACUGCCGAUUUUCAAUUAUACUAUCAAAUAGAAAACAUUGGUAAGAUGAAAAAAAAUUCUUAAUUUAAAAUGGCUUAGAAAAUGUUCAGAUUACCUUUAAAUUUCUAAAAUUUAAAAACAAAAAUUAUAGAUGACUCAUAUAUUAUUACUAUUUUCAAAGCUUUCCUCACAUUUUUUAAAGUCUCACUUUCCUUUCACUACUUAUUUCAUCACAGCAGCUAUUUCCAACCUAUGACUUUGGAGAUGUACCCAAUAAAACCUAUUGGAGCAGGGUUAUUGAAUCAGCUUUGGAUCCCCAAAGUUUCUUCAGAUGUACAAGUUGUGAAUUGUAUUGUAUUUGUAGGAUAUAAUUUUGUUUUAAACUGUAGUUCCAUCUGUUUCUCAAAAAUGUUUUUUAAAUAGAGUGAAAUAUCCCAGGAUGACUGCUUCUGUGUCAGUUGUACUUGACACAUAAACUGCACAAAUGAACAAUGUACACUAUUGGUUGUGCAUUAAUUUACAUGUGCAACUUUUCGCAUCUGUGUUCACAAAUGCAUGUUUUUGCAAAUCACCUUUAUUUAUAAGUGACAAUUGAGGUUAAGGAUACAAUGAAACCUGCAUUUGUAGUCCAGAGUUUUAAGUGGUCCAUAAUACAAUGUAUGGAAAUGUGAAAGACAAUUUUGUAUAUUUGUUUGUUACUAACUCAGAUCAUUAAAAUGAAAACAGUU